ACGAGAUUUCAAGCUGGCGUGGCAGACGGUAUGCGGUUUUUGUUGCAUGUUUAUGUACCACCAUCGUCCCACGUUUAUUGAAUGAGGGAGGUAUCUUUUGCGGUUUAUAAUUUCUGGGAAUUACCGGGGUUUGACCCAACAACACACCGCUUGCUUGGGACCGGGAGGAAGGCCGGCUUGACAGGAAUUGUAACAGGUGAGCUGCACUAUGCCUGCUUUUGAAGAAUGAACAAGACUUGCAGACUUUGAGACAUCAAACAGUCAUCAGUUUUUGGAAUCCACUUCAGAUCACCAUGAUGAAGCCCAAACCAAGCUAGCGCAUAUUCAGUCCCUCGUUCUCAAUUAUCCAACAAAUUCUGUGAGAGCUAGCCAAGCACCCCUGCUUCAUGUGUUGCCGGUGUAGGUGCCAUUAACCUUUGACCCCUGGUGUCAGUCUGACCACGCCCCAGCCAUGCCGCCUACCAUUCUGACACCAUCUCCAACAACAGGGGGCUAUGGGGAAUUUGUUCACGUCCAAACAACAGGGGCAACAGGAAUAGAGAAAAGUGAUAAUGCAAAGGAUGAAGUCAUUCCGGAAGUCUUCAAUUUUUGGGAACACGCCAACGCACCCUACCUCAUUGCCAUUAGUUGUGCACUAGCCAUAGUCAUCCUUGCAAUCGUUUUGUUCUGUAUAUGUAGGGCUUGGCGACGUGCCAAACACCUGCGAGAAGAGAAUACGAGAAUAUGCGUACAGUCCACCAUCAAACCGACGAUACGAGAAGGCCAGACUGUCCAACCAGAUGCGGGCUAUUCCUACUCUUCCUGCGCAACAAGUCAACCAAUCAAAAUCAAGUCCACGGGUCUACACGAAAGGAGAAGUUCGGGAGCAUCUUUAACCAUAGAUCUCAACCAGCCUGUAGGAACAGUACGAUGGAUGGCGUCACCUCCAAGAGAAAGCUCUGUUGCUGAGUAUUUAGAAUCGGCAGGAAACAGAAUGACCAGAAAACAGCUUCGGAACUCAGUGAAAAAUAUCAGAGCUUUACAUGAGGAAUUCUGGGACAUUCCAGAUAACCACACGGAUAGCAUUGAGGUCCCGGGCUCAGCUGCCAAGAACCGCUAUCCUAAAAUAUUGCCAAACCCAUCUACCAGAGUAGUACUACCAUCCAUACCAAAUGAUACAAUAUCAGACUACAUUAAUGCUAAUUAUAUUAGGGGAUACGACAGAGAGCCAAUGGCCUUCAUAGCAACGCAAGGACCGAUGGUACACACCUUCACAGACUUCUGGAGGAUGGCAUGGUUUUCAGAGGCACCCAUUAUCGUCAUGGUAACAAAACUUAAAGAGAGAAAUAAGAAUAAAUGUGACAAGUAUUGGCCGCCGCAGCAAGGCAUAUAUGGAGACAUUGAGGUCAACGUUCUAGAGGUCAAUCGGAACGAUGAUUACAUACUUAGGAUAUUAAACUUAAAGUACUUAGAGGAGAGUCGACAGAUGCUUCAUUACUGGUAUACAUCCUGGCCAGACAAUAAAGCACCGGAGAAUCCAUUGACAUUACUGGAGAUGAUCAAAGAGGUUCAGAUAUCCAGAGCUGAUAAUAGCCUUCCUAAAGGCCCUGUAGUCGUCCACUGUAGUGCUGGUCUUGGUAGGACGGGAUGUUACAUAGGCAUCAGUGUCGGCAUGAGACAACUUGAAGAGGAAAAGAUGGUCGAUGUCUUAGGAAUCGUCUGCCAAAUGAGACAAGACAGGGGAGGAAUGAUCCAGACAAACGAACAGUAUGAGUUUGUCCACCAAGCCCUCUGCAUGUACGAGAAAAGACUUCCCGAAAACGGAUCAACCACAGACUGAGGACCUCCGACGCCAGCGCACCUAUCAAUCACCCGUCACCAUAGCAACCUAGACUUGUUUGUUGUGCAUUUGAUACUCCAGUGAUGUAUGACGGUACAUUUCUAAAAGAUUGUUUUACAAAUGUGUACUUGCAUGUGAUGUCAUCACCCAAUGUUGUUGUUUUUUAUGAAAACUGUCCGUGAACAUUUAAAGAACGUUUUCCAUGUUUGAACUUCUCAAGUCAAACGUUACUCAUUAUGUGUCAGUAUACGACAAAAUGCGAGUUGUAAUUGUUACUAUUGUGCAUUAGUGCGCCCUCCUACUACCUGGCUGUUGAGUGGUUUUGAAGGAUAGAUGCACUACAUGCUAGUCUACAAUGUGAUAGACAUGUAGUGUGGUGAAUGCGUAUUAUGAAGAGUAGACAGUCA